ACGGACUCCAUCUACGUCAUCACAUCCACCUGGACAGGUAACCUGAUAUCCAAUCAGAAUUCAGCUCAGAGAUCAAUAACAAAACCGAUCACUCCUCCGAUCACUCCUCAGCUGUCAGCCUCACGCGGCCAUGCUGCCGUGUUUACAGCCGCUGCGCAUGCGCGGAGCCCCGGUCCUGUAGUGUUAGAGGCGAGAAUGUUUCCCCCUGCUGGAGGGAGGCUGAACUACAGCUGAUCAGAUAUCAGCUGUUUAACUGAGAGGGAGAGAAACUUUCAAAUACAAUCAAUAAAUUUAAAUCGAUCAGGAAACAAAACGACAAAAAAACGACAGAAAUACUUUUAAAGACCUAAAGAGGAUGGAUGUGAUGAGUUUGGUGACGGUUUGAUGGAUGUGAUGAGUUUGGUGACGGUUUGAUGGAUCUGAUGAGCCUCUUUCAGGGUUUGAUGAAUCAGGAUUGGAUGCAGGUGUGUAGUCCUCUCCUGGAUCAGGUCCUGGAUCAGGACUGGAGGCAGUUUGGACAUGGAUGAGUCUGCGUUGGAGCGAUACUUUGACGACUCGAUCGCUGGAGUAAGUUUGAUUAAAAACAGAGGAGAUGAACUUUAUUGAUCAUGUUUGUCUUUAGGAGGUCAGUGUGAACUGACUCUCCUGAGGUUGGACUCGGGUUCGAUGGUUUAUUGAUUAACAGUCUGAUCACAGAAACACAGACGUCUCUCUGUCAUGAUUAUAAUUAUUAUUGAUUUUAUUAUCACGUCAAUUAUCAUCGUUUAAUCCUGAUUAUUGAUUUAUCCGUUCAUGUCAGUUACCAUGACGAUGAUCAAAAACUAUCAGGGCAUCAAUAAAGUGAAAUCAAUCUGAUCAAUAAAAUCCUGUAAACUGAUCAGCUGAUCGAUCGCUCUGGUUCUGAUUCAGCAGGACUCCAGUUUCCUGUUGGGGGAGGAGCUGGGCCCAGAGAGCCUUGACCCCGCCCACUCCCAGCAGGACUCCGCCCUGCAGGCGGUGAAGGCGGGGUCAGGAGCAGAACUGGGUGACGAGCUGGACCUCAGCUUCCUGCCUGAUGACCUCGGCCCUCAGGAGGAGCCUGAUCGCCAUGACGACACAGGUAUGAUGAAUUCUUGAACGUGAUUGGCUGCUCCUGGUUCCUCCUGGUGGACCUGAUCCUGAUCCUGAUCCUGGUCCUGGUCCCGGUCCAGCUGGCGGUCCGGCUGAAGCUCUCAACGUCUCCGGGGACAGCGGCGUCUUCACCGACUUCAUUUCCCAGGAUUCCACAGCGGCCAACAGCCAGCAGGGGGGGGCGCUGUUGACACACAGCACCUCCCCCUUCUGUCCCAUGACCCCCAUGACCCCAAUGACCCCCAUGACCCCGGUGAUGGAGAGGUCAGGGAUCAUCCCUCAGCUCCAGUGAGUCCUUCAAAAGAAGAAAACUUUAUUUAAAAUCACGGGAAACGUGUGAGACAUCAGUGUGUGUGUGUGUGUGUGUGUGUGUGUGUGUGUGUGUGUGUGUGUGUGUGUGUGUGUGUGUGUGUGUGUGUGUGUGUGCAGGAACAUCGUCUCCACAGUGAACCUCAGUUGUCCUCUGGAUCUGAAGUUUAUCGCCCUGCAGGCCAGAAACGCAGAAUACAACCCCAAGGUUAGUGUGUGUGUGUGUGUGUGUGUGUGUGUGUGUGUGUGUGUGUGUGUGUGUGUGUGUGUGUGUGUGUGUUGGGGGGAUUCAGAUCAGACCACUUGGCUGGACUGUUAAUGUUUAAAGGGAUCUUCCUAAUUAAUUUAGGGUCAAACACAUCGUAACACUUUGACUCAUUUCUUUAGCAAAGAGACUAAACACAACUCACCUACUCUCUUCCAGCAGACGCUUGUUUGUAGAGAGACCUCAGGCCAGUCCAUUAGGGACUACAGCGGGGUGCCGCAGCUCAAGGAAGAACAUUUAUGAUCAUUUCUUCAUGGAAAUACAAUCAGACCGAGACGCUAAGACAGAAGAACUACAGCGUCUGUAAAAUGAUUAAUAUGGUGAUUAUUACUUCAAGGAAAUGAUAAAGAAAUGAUCAUAAAUGUUCUUCCUUGAGCUGCGGCACCCCGCUGUAGUCUGUAAUGGACUGGCCUGAGGUCUAUAUGUCCUGUAGAUGAAGUUAGGUGCUGUUCUGAGCAUUAUCUGUGGCUGUAGAGUGGCGUUUUGGCGUUUUGGCGUUUUGGUUGAGGUUUGUUUAUGGCUCCUCAGAUGUUACUAAAGCGGUCGACAACAUUCAUCUCUGGAGGCGGGGUCUAACUCGGCCGAUGUUCUCGCUGUUUGGAUGGAGAGCCGGUUUCUGAGUCCAGAUCUAACUCAGACCCCCUCGACCCACCUGUACAGACAUGUUGGAGGUUGGACUUUGAUGGUCAUGUGACCGUCUCUUUCUUCUUCUCUGGUUUCAGCGUUUCGCUGCCGUCAUCAUGCGGAUCCGAGAGCCCAGAACCACGGCGCUCAUCUUCAGUUCAGGGAAGAUGGUCUGUACCGGAGCCAAGAGGUCUGAACCCGGGUCACCUGAACACCUGUUUACCUGUGUCUGUGCUACACCUGUCUGACUGCCCUGUGUUUCCGAGCGUGUGCAGUGAGGAGCAGUCUCGGCUGGCGGCCAGGAAGUACGCCCGCGUGGUUCAGAAACUGGGUUUCCCCGCCCACUUCCUGGAGUUUAAGAUCCAGAACAUGGUGGCGAGCUGCGACAUCUGCUUCCCCAUCAGACUGGAGGGACUGGUGCUCAAACACCAGCAGUUCUGCAGGUGAGGACACACACACACACACACACACACACACACCUGAGGACACACACACCUGAGGACACACACCUGAGGACACACACACACACACACACACCUGAGGACACACACACCUGAGGACACACACCUGAGGACACACACACACACACACACACACACACACCCCUGAGGACACACACACACACACACACACACACACACACACACACACACACACACACACCUGAGGACACACACCUUAGGACACACCCCCCCCAGGACACACACACACACCUGAGGACACACACCUGAGGACACACCCCUGAGGACACACACACACACCUGAGGACACACACAUGAGGACACACACACACACACACACCUGAGUGUUGUUGUUAGCCUAACUUCGCACAAAGACAAACAAACAGGAAGAACCAUUUUCAGGUCUAACCUCAGUGACCAUCAACCCUCAACAGCUUCUCCUGAUUCUCUCUGUCUGUGUCCGUCUGUACCUGUCUGUACCUGUCUGUCUGUACCUGUCUGUCUGUGUCUGUGUCUGUCUGUACCUGUCUCUCCCCCCCAGUUACGAACCCGAGCUGUUUCCUGGUCUGAUCUAUCGGAUGGUCAAACCUCGUAUCGUCCUCCUCAUCUUCGUCUCAGGAAAAGUCGUUCUCACCGGUAACAAACUCUGAUCCUCAUGUGUGCACGGGCUGUCUGUUUCUGUUGUGUACUUUUGUUGUGUACUUUUGUUGUGUACUUUUGUUGUGUUAUUGUUGUCGUUCCUUUAGUUUGUGUUUUUAUUUAUUUAUUCUCAGUAAAAGAGUUUGAACAGUUCGUAAACCUGAGACCUCGGCGUGUCCAAAGUUGAUCAAUAAAAAUAUAAAAAAAUCAAAAACAAACAAAUUUAGAAAAAAGACGAAGAAAACAAAGAAGUGCUCUAGAUCUAUAGAUCUAUACUGUUGUUGUCUGAAACACACAGACUCUUAAACAAGAGCAGUGAGGACAUAGAUGUACACCCUGACAUAGACAUACACACAUAGACAUACACAUAUAGAUGUACACAUAUAGAUGUCUUACACACACACACAUACACACUCUUUAGGAUGUUGAAUCUAGGUGUGACAGCUCUAUGUCUGAUGAAGAACUGCUCUAGAUGUCCCACACUGUGGUCUGUGUCGGAGGUCAGCUCGUUUGUCAGCUGUUUGUUUAUGUUGUUGUCAUAGUGUUGUUGUUGUUGUUGUUGUGUUGUAGUGGCAGGGUGCACACACACACACACACACACACACACACACACACACACGUUAAGUCAUGUUGUUUUUUUAACUUUAUUGAUAAAUCGUCCGUCUCUGUUAAUUAAAUAAAGUUUUGUUGACGGUGUUGCGCUGCGGUAAUUUCAGGAGCUAAAGAGAGGGCGGAGAUCUACGAGGCCUUCGAGAACAUCUACCCCAUCCUGAGAGGCUUCAAGAAACAGUGAGGGGCGGCGGCCUCUGACAUCACUUCCUGUUUAUUUGUAAAUAUUUAGUGUUUCUAUGAGUUAAAUUAGAAAAUGAUGGGCGGCGAACCCGCCGCUGUUUGUUUCAAAUAUUAAAGCCUGACUUAGAGUUUAACUCUGAGUUUAAUAAAGAUCUGUGAACGUCUGAGAGAGUCUGUGUGAACCUGGGGGUUAAUCAAUAACAUCAAUAAGAUCAAUAAGAUCAGUAAGAUCAAUACAGAAACACAUGAUCAAUCUGAUGGAGUUCAAAUCACAGAUUAUUU